CUUAACUUCUUAUGAAAUAGAAUUAUUUCUAUCUUUGCAAAUACUUUCUUGGAUAAAUUUAACUUUUAAUAUGAUUAACAAAUAUGAUAUAGUGAAAUUGUCAUUGUGUAAAUAAAUUCAAUUCUUUUCCUCUUGUUCUUAAAGAAAAUAGUGAUAAAACGAUAUUAAACUUUGGUAUAUUUUUAAUCUAAACAGAACUAAAUCCGUAUAAAAAGAUGCAAUAGGAGCGAGUACGUUAGAAGAAAGAGAGAGUCCAAGACUUAGAGACUGCGAACAUUUACUGACGACAAAUACACUAGUAUUUGAAGAACAUUUUUUAGUUUUAUUUCUUGACGAAAACUUUACAUAGACAAAAUACAAAGAUGGAUAAAAUAGUUUUACCUAUGAUUUUUAUUCUGACUGCAACUUUAAUGGAUAUGCUGUAUUGCAUGCCGACAUAUUGGUGCCCCGUCGGAAGAUACCCCGACGAAAACGGCCAGUGUAACUUGUGCUAUGAAAACUGCGGUGCCGACGGGUGUACGGGCCCCGGGAGUCAUCUUGGGUUCGGGGGAUGCAACUCUUGCUGGCUGGGUCUCGAACACCACCACCAUCGGGUCACGUGCAUGUCUCCAUUCACAACGGUCUGUCCCGAGGGUCAUUACAGGAAACGGUCACAUCACAAUGGACAGAGUUUAACGAUGUGCAAACGCUGUCACCCUUUGUGUCGCUCUUGCGAUGGCCCAGGAAUUUCCUCGUGCGAAACGUGCAGACUGUAUAGAUGGGACGGUAUAUGUAUUAGCGUAUGUCCGGUUGGUUCCGUCAUGCGCGGCGGAAGACACCGAACAUGUGUUGUACCUGGUGGACACUAUGGCAGAGGAUCAAGUGCAUUUUACCUCCUCCCGUACAGAGAUAGAAACCGACACAGUCCAUAAACACUGGACAGCUGAGAAAUUCUAGACAGAAAUCCUGAAAGAAAUUUAGAUCACAGAAAUAAACUAAUGAGAGUGCACUAUUGUUUAGUGCAAAUUUAAAGAUUAUGGUGACUAGAGGAAGUGCUUUCUGUAUGCGUUUUGUCUUGACUUGACUGUUAUUUUCAUUUUUAUAAUCAAAGAACUUCGAAAGAAGUAUAAAUUUAUUUUUUAUAGCUCUUUGUGAUAAUGAAAUGGAUGCACGCUCCAGUACAUACAAAAGGUCGCCUGGUUAUAUAGAAAUUUCUACUCUGACAUUUUUUUUUCGUUUUCGUACAUUUCGCAAAUUGUCAGAUUUUUCAACUAUGCGGCGUUGAUAAUUCAACGAUUCAACGUUUUCAAACAAGGCGAUCAUUUUUAGAGUAACCGCAAACAACCCCUCUUCUGAAAAAUUGGUUGUAUCAAAAGUUUUCUGUAGUCUUGCAGAAUUUCUGAAAUACGCAGUCCGUUUUUUAAGUCGUUUUGUUAAUAGAGAUUAUGAUAUGUCAGAAAUUAAGUAAACACUCAAAACUUUAUUUUGGUAGAGAUACAUAUUAAAAAUACCGUUAAUUCACAACUGUAUCAAAAUCCGGCUACACUCAGAAGUGGAUGGGAUUGCGAGAGGCCUGCUUUUGGUCGAGAAUUAGCUGCAUAUUUUUACUACCAACUUUAUAAUAAUGAUAUCAAAUUAUUCAAACGUGCUGUUUAAUUUCGAUACGGCUAAACUAGAUAUAUACUUGUUAAGCAUUUUACUGUAUGUACAUAUAUGCAGUGUUACGAUUUAAAAUUGUUUUCUAUGUUUCAUUAGUAUUUAUACACAUGUCAUAAUAUUUAUUUAUUUAUUAUCAUCUAUGAAAUGAAGUGUUCUUCACCUUUUUUAAAGGUACCAUGUAGAAAAGGGUGAAUUUCAGACGAACUCUUUGUUGUACGCAGAGAGUAAAACUUAGCUUUGAUAAAUUAAUUACCGACCUGCAUGUUUGUGUCGACAUGCUUUAGUUAUGCCAUUAUCAUGUGCCUUAUUGUUUAUGCAACAUUAUACAUUUAUAUUGAUCGUUACUCAUUUUACAUACGUUAUUGUUACAUUUUGUCCAAAAUAAAACUUUAUAAAUACGCA